CCGAGACCAGGACGGUGGACCCCACGACAUGCAUCAUGUACAUACGUCGACCGAAGGGGUCGACGGUGGGCUGACUCGGGGUUUAUAGACUGUGCCUGGGACCGAGCGACCAGGCUUCCACGCUGCCAGAAUGCGACGUAGUGGAUAAAAUACCUGUCCUCACACCGACUUCAAGCUACAUUUUCCAUGGCUUAACGACCCCCGUUCAACGAAUGUACAAGCUUGCCUCUGGCUCUCUGGCCGCAGACGUCCGCAAGAGGAGUCUAUUGGUGCGGGAAAGAGAUGGAAAGACUCGGCUCUAGCGCCCGAAGGAAUAAUUAUGUAUCAUGUCGGUAUGGUUGCACUGCUCCAACCAUCACGCGGUAGAGAAGCUUGGCGCACGUUUGUCGGCUGUGUUUUCCCCGUAUUCCAGAAGCGUGGACGGGGUAAGUAGGAGGAGUAUAAACCCCACGGGAUUCCCUCCCCCCAAGCCGUGAUUGCCGUUGCUGGUCCACGACCAAACCACUCGUCACAAGUCAUUCGGUACAUGGAACCAUGGGCUCCCAUAUCAGACCACGCAGAGCUCUCAUCGCCCUCGUGGCAAUCUCAUCAUGGCUAUCAGGCGGUUGGUGCUCCGGGGCCCCACCUCGAGAGCCAGCGCACCAGUUCUCACUCCGCGGCCGACCAGCCACGACUAGAGCCGAAGGACUCCCGGCAUACAGGGACGCUUCGCUAAGCAUAGACGAAAGAGUCGAAGACCUCAUCAAGCGUAUGACGCUAGAAGAGAAAGCCGGACAGAUGUUCCACACGCAGCUGCUUAUGGGACCCAAUGGCACGCUGGACCAAGGUGCGGAGGACCCCAUCCGUCGCAACAGCACAGACUUCAUGAUCGGAGAGCAAUUUAUGACGCAUUUCAACCUCGCCAGUUCCAUCGACGACGCGCGGGAGACGGCCGAGUUCUACAACCGCGUCCAACGGCGAGCUUUGAACACGCGCCUGGGUAUCCCCGUCACACUGUCAAGCGACCCUCGGCAUGGCUUCACCGAAAAUGUAGGGACCGGCUUCCAGGCGGCACGCUUCUCCCAGUGGCCCGAGACGCUGGGCCUCGCCGCACUCCGCAACCCCGAACUAGUGAGGAGAUUCGCCAGGAUCGCCCGCGAGGAGUACCUCGCCGUCGGCCUGCGCGUCGCGCUCCAUCCUCAGGUCGACUUGGCGACGGAGCCGCGAUGGGCGCGCAUCGCCGGCACCUUUGGCGAGGACGUCGGGCUCACCACCGAGCUCCUGACCGCCUACAUCCAAGGCUUCCAGGGCGACGCGAUCGGCCCGCGCUCCAUCGGCACCGUCACCAAGCAUUUCCCCGGCGGCGGGCCGAUGGAGAACGGCGAGGACUCGCACUUCCCCUACGGCAAGAACCAGACGUACCCCGGCGACAACUUCGACCACCACUUGAUCCCCUUCAAGGCCGCCAUCGCCGCCGGCACGCGCCAGAUCAUGCCGUACUACAGCCGGCCGAUCGGCACCAAGUACGAGCCGGUAGGGUUCUCGUUCAACAAGGGCAUCGUCACCGACCUGCUGCGCGGCGAGCUCGGCUUCGAGGGCAUCGUGGUGACCGACUGGACCCUCAUCACGGACUCGGUGCUGCUGGGGCAGCCGACGGAGGCGCGCGCGUGGGGCUUGGAGACGCUAUCCGAGGUGGAGCGCGUCGCGCGCGUGCUCGACGCCGGGUGCGACCAGUUUGGCGGCGAGUCGCGGCCGGAGCUAGUAGCGCAGCUAGUGCGGGAGGGCGUAGUCAGCGAGGCGCGGGUGGACGCGUCGGUGCGGCGGCUGCUGCGGGAGAAGUUCGCGCUGGGGCUAUUCGAGGCGCCGUUCGUAGACCCGGCGGCGGCGGCGCGGGUGGUGGGCAACGCGGGCUUCGCGCGCGCCGGCGCCGACGCCCAGCGCCGCGCCUACACGCUGCUGACCAACAAGGGCGGGCUGCUGCCGCUGCGCGCCGACCCGGCCACCCGGUUCUACGUCGAGGGCGUCGACGCGGCGGCGCUGCUCGCGCGCAACCUGACGGUGGUGGCGGCGCCCGCCGACGCCGACGUCGCGCUGCUGCGGCUCGCGGCGCCGUUCGAGCCGCGCCCGGGCGGCUUCGAGCGCCUCUUCCAUGCGGGGUCGCUCGAGUUCCCGGCGGCGGAGCGCGCGCGCCAGGCGGCCGUGUACGGCGCGGUGCCGACGGUGGUGGACCUGAAGCUGGACCGGCCGGCGGCGGUGCCGGAGGUGGCGGCGGGCGCGGCUGCGCUGCUCGCGAGCUUCGGCAGCGGGUCCGACGCCUUCCUCGACGUCGUGUUCGGCGUCGCCGCCCCCGAGGGCCGCCUGCCAUACGACCUGCCCCGGUCCGACGCCGCUGCCGCGGCGAACCUCGAGGAUGUCCCGUUCGACACGCCGGACCCCGUGUUCCGGUUCGGGCACGGCCUGCGGUACGCGGAGUGAACGGGGGGGCGGAGGGCCGGGACGAUGCGGAGAGCCGGUAGAGGCGGCCGGGUAGAUAGGCCUAGCUUAGCUGCAGCAACGUCGACGUCUACUACUGAGGUGUCGGCGCUGGUCAAUAAUGCCUAAAUAACCUUAGUGCUGCCACGUUCUCCUCGCCAUCACUGAUAGCCUCGCAAGUGACUUUCUGCCGUGCAUUUUGAAUGCGUUAAAAAGGUGCGGCAUUUUCGGCAGCAUAUUAGUUCCCUACUUUCUAAUUCGGCCGAGUUCACAAUUUGCAUCGCCAUGGCUGUCAAAAAUCGGUAUCUGAGCUUAGCGCAUUAGCGACUCCGGGCUACGGCGGCGGCACCGGACGCGAUGUGGGGACCGGGCGGUCCGGGGGGCAGCGGAUGCGGCAAUCCCGGCGGUUUGGCGACGCCGAUUGCUUUGGUCGUCG